AUAGAGGGCAUGAACAUUCCUUGCAAUAUCAUGGUGAUGCAUAUAUAUCCCAAUCCCAACGCCAUGAAAACUUGUUUUUAAAAACCAAUGCGUUAUUAAUGUUGAUAAAGAUAUGCUUCAUAUCUACUCAACCAAGUACGACAACUUGUAGUAGUAAAAAGUAGUAAAAUCAUUCACCCAUUUUCAAGAUAAAUAAAAUAAUUAAUAAUAUUACUUUCUCUCUGCAAUCGAGAACCCAUUUUCAAUGCAAACUCGUCGUCUCCUCUUACUACAUUCAACGUACACCUCCCAGCCUCUCCACUAAAUACAAAUCCACAUCUUUCCAUAUCCCCCUCUUUCUUCAUUCACUCAGUCUCUCAUCUCUCUCUCUCUCUCUGUAUUCACUGGAGCAGAGCAGUUGCACCAUUCAAUAAACAAAGAAAAGAAGAAGAGAAAAGAAAAGAAAGGGUUUAACCGGCAAGUGUUCAAUUGAUGUAUAGAAAGAGCAGAAUGAAGAAAGAAUUUGUAUUUAGUUUGUUCUUGAUUAUUGUUUCUGUAGCAUCAUCAUCUUCGAUACUGAGAAAGAAUCUGCCAAUACUGUCAUUUGAUGAAGGUUAUAAUCAUCUAUUUGGAGAUGAUAAUCUUGUGACUAAUUCGAAAGAUGAUGAUGGUAAAACGGUUAAUCUUUUGCUAAACAAAAGAACAGGUUCAGGGUUUGUUUCUCAAGACCUUUAUCUUCAUGGGUUUUUCAGUGCUUCUAUCAAAUUACCAGCAGAUUACACAGCUGGGGUUGUCGUCGCCUUUUACAUGUCAAAUGGGGAUAUAUUUGAGAGAAACCAUGAUGAAUUAGAUUUUGAGUUCUUAGGCAACAUAAGAGGAAAAGACUGGAAGAUUCAGACAAAUGUUUAUGGGAAUGGAAGCACAAAUAUUGGCAGAGAAGAAAGAUAUGGUCUCUGGUUUGAUCCUUCUCAAGAUUUUCAUCACUACUCCAUUCUAUGGACUCAAUCUCAUAUCAUAUUUUAUGUGGAUGAUAUAGCCAUCAGAGAAGUGGAAAGGAGUGAAGGAAUGGGAGGAGAUUUCCCAUCAAAGCCAAUGUCAUUGUAUGCAACAAUAUGGGAUGGUUCAACUUGGGCUACUAAUGGUGGCAAGUACAAGGUAAAUUACAGAUAUGCCCCUUACGUUGCGGAGUUUUCCGAUUUGGUUCUUCAUGGUUGCACGGUUGACCCGAUUGAACUAUCAUCUCUGAAUUGUGAUAUGUCAACCAACAAUGUCGAUCUUGAGGAUAUCACGAGUAGUUCAGAUGAACGAUUAUUUAAACAUACGACACUGUCGUCCGAUCAGCGGGUUGGAAUGAUGAAGUUUCGAGAGAAACAUUUGAUGUAUUCGUAUUGUUAUGAUCACACUAGAUACGCGUCCCCUCCCGCUGAGUGUGUGCUGGAUAGCCGUGUAGCAAAACGACUACGGCAGUUUGACCCGGUUACCUUUGGAAAACCUCCGACUAGUCACAGGGGUAAAGGCCGUCAUCAUCCCAAUCGUCGAGCGGAUUCAGUGGUCACCAUUUGAAUAAGAUUGGUGGUUUGACAUUUUACAAUCUUUUUGAAUAACUUUGAUUUUUUGGGUUAUAUUUGUGAAUUGAGAAAGAAAUGAUUAUUAUUUGAAUGAGAUUUGUGGGAGAUUAAAUAGACUUUAUCAAAUUUGUAAUACUAAUUAUUUUGAACACCAAGUUUUACCUUUGCC